UACUAACCGCCACAACAGUUCACGUUCAGUUCGCUUUGCGCCGGCGAAUCCGAGGAAAGUUUUUUGAGUUAGCUGAACCGCUGGUAAAAGUGUGUGGACGAUCCAGCCAAUUGAUAUUGCGAUAAGAGGCGGCGAGCAAAAGUAAUUACCUCAUAGCCAUCACCGUUCGAAAAUAGUAACCGUGUUUUCUGUGAUACUGUCUGCGCAUAAACCAAGUAACAUAGCCACCAACACAACACAUAAAACCCACCAAAAUGAUCAACAUGGACAUUAGCGUUACGCCCAACUACUCGUACAUCUUUGAUUUCGAGAACGACUUCAUUCACCAGCGCACGCGCAAAUGGAUGCUAGAGAACUGGACAUGGGUGUUCUACUACUGCGGCAUCUACAUGCUGGUAAUAUUCGGUGGUCAGCACUUUAUGCAAAAUCGGCCGAGAUUUGUACUGCGCGGCCCGCUGAUCAUAUGGAACACCCUGCUGGCCAUGUUCAGCAUCAUGGGAGCCGCUCGAACGGCGCCGGAGCUGAUUCACGUGCUGCGUCACUACGGACUUUUCCACUCCGUCUGCGUGCCCAGCUACAUCGAGCAAGAUCGCGUGUGCGGCUUCUGGACCUGGCUCUUCGUGCUCAGCAAGUUGCCAGAACUGGGCGACACGAUAUUCAUCGUGCUCCGCAAGCAGCCUCUUAUCUUCCUGCACUGGUACCAUCACAUCACCGUGCUGAUCUACUCGUGGUUCAGCUACACGGAGUACACCAGCUCGGCCCGCUGGUUCAUCGUGAUGAACUACUGCGUUCACUCGGUGAUGUACAGCUACUAUGCGCUUAAGGCGGCCCGCUUCAAUCCGCCCAGGUUCAUCUCGAUGAUCAUCACAUCACUGCAGCUGGCGCAGAUGAUCAUUGGCUGUGCGAUCAACGUGUGGGCCAACGGCUUCCUGAAGACGCACGGCACCUCGUCCUGCAACAUCUCGCAGCGCAACAUCAACCUGUCGAUCGCCAUGUACUUCAGCUAUUUUGUCCUGUUCGCGCGCUUCUUCUACAAGGCGUACCUGGCGCCCGGUGGCCACAAGAGCCGUCGCAUGGCCGCCUCCCUGGCCGCCCAGAAUGCGGUCAAGCAGUCGAGCAGCCCGCCGCAGACCAGCGAGAGCUCCAAGUUCAUCGGCGCUGGCGAGGAUCAGGCCGCCUAUCUGCGCAAGGCCAAGGCGCAGUAAGGAGAAGAGCAGCGAGCCACGCCCUACGCCCACGCCCAAUCCCACUCCAAAAACACCAUUACCAAACACCACCACUCCCCCCUGUUAACGGCUAAGGACAUUUAUUUAUGUAGCGGUGUACAAGUUGUUUUUUAAUUUUAAACCUGGGUGGCACACACACGAUCGAUCGUUCGGUAGAGAGUUUAAUUUGUAAGCGAAAAGUUGUACCGGGUGGACAGGCAUACAUACGAACUACUAUAUAUUUCUGAACAUGUAUAUAAGAAACAGACGAACCAAAAUUCAGUCAUUAAACUGUACGUAACUGGGUGCAUUAUGCGUACACGUAAUACGUAAUACGUAAUACGUAAUGCGUAAGGCUUAAAGAUUAGAGUGUGCUGGCAUGAAUUUAAAUGUCUAGAAUUGUCCAUGACCACCCAGCCAAAGGGAAAUAAUGUUGCAGAAAAGGGACUUAGCUGCUUUACUAGUUGGUUAAACUAUUAGUCACUCCGAAAACUCUAUAUGUAUUUUAACAGCUACAGUUCUUUGCAGUAACUUUAAACGUGUGUUGUCUAGCCCAAAGUCGUGAAUGUAUAGAUUAUAUAGUUUGCAGAAUUAUUGACAGCCACUAAAUUAACGUUUGUUUUUCAGUUAGCCUUCGUUUCCAUUUCGAUAUUUGCGUUGUCAACGGUUAUUUGCCUUCUCAGGUGGGAUUUUGUGUUGCCUCCCAAUUUUAGUUAAAAUUCUCAAGAAGGUUCAGACUCCUGCCCAUAUUUUUGAAUAUCACUCUGUAAGCGAUACAUAAAGAGCGGGCAUUUUUGGUUUAUAAUUCAACUAGAGUUACUGGAAAAGUGUUUUUCAACGCAAAUUUGUGUAGUUGGGGUCUGAGAACUUUGUACUUCUAAGUCUAUACGCAUAUAUGUAUAUUUAUAAAACCUAUAUUAACGGAAUAUUAAACAAGUGAAAACAAAGGAAACCAUUACCAACCAAUAACAAAACACUAUAAGUUAGUCUAUUGUUCCAAGAUCCAGAGCGCAAAUUGUUAUUGUAAAGUAAUAAAGUGUUUUGAAAUCUGUAUAAAUUACCAAUAUCUGUAAUAGUCUAAUCUCGAUUGAUGAAAAUUCUGCUGACUGACUGGAUCGAAAUUUGUCGAGUCAUAUCCUUCACUCGCCAAUUGCCACAUUUUCAUAGUCACAGAACAAAUAAGUUUCGCAAAAUGAAGCCAAUCAGUCAGUACAGUUUUAAGUAAGUGUCAUAAUGCUAAUAAGGUUGGAUUUUGUUAGGGGAAGGCAUUUAUUUUUUAGCCUGUGUUGAAUGCACCUUAAUAUUACUUCAUUUACUUUGCUGCUUUUUUGUAACUUAGAAAUACUAAAGAAAGUCCUUGAACGUAACAUAAAAACAAAGUAACCAGAGGAAAGUUAAAAUUAUAUUUAUAUUUGUAAGCGAACCGAAAAGGGAAAGAGUAAAAACCAAGAACUUGAAAAGCAA